AGUGGGAGUGGAGAGCGAGUCGCUCGGUCUCGGCACCAUUCACCCACUCCGCGCGGCGGCGGCGGCACUCCCCGAACGAGCCUCCCUCCCUCCCGACUAACUCAAACUCACCGACCGUACGAACGAGCGACUUUCCCGGGCCGCCGUCGGUACACUUUCCGAGUCCUUUUCUUCGGCUUCUUCUUUGUCGUCGUGUUGGCGCGGACGGAGGAGCCACGCGAGGCGGAACAACCCGGCCGGAGCUCUCUCGAAGCUACUAGCCGGCCAUUACGAGAGCAGACGAGACGACGAGCGGCUAUGGAGUGACGGAGAGCGGCCGCGAGAAGAGCCGAGGAGGACGGCGUGCUCCGCUCCGCUCCGAGCCAACAUGGCGCUCCUGCUCUUUCGGGCUUCAUCCGAGCUGAGUUGAUUUGCCCGGGACUUGUUCGCCACCUGUAUCCCCACACUCGGAUUCUACAUCGCGGAACUGCCUUCAUUUUUUUCAACAAAUAAGGAUGACUUUCCUUUAGAGUGGAUAACCCCUUUCGGCACUUUUUGGUGUUUAAAACUUGACAAAAGAGGACAAAAAACGGCGCAAGUUGGCUGGAAGUGACGCCGAAUUAUCCAGGGCUACAUCUGUUCGUGAUGUCGAUGCUGAGACACAAACCAAUCUGGAACUAAGACGAGGGAACCACAUUGCAAACAUGGUGGAUGCAAGGUUGACGCCCCUGGCGGCCAUGGGGCUGGACCGAGGCGCCCUGAUACACGAUGGACUUCGCCUCCACGGCGGCGUUGUGUAUCCAGGGAUCAGAACGCUUCAGACGGAAAAGAGUAGAGAGGCAUCUGUCCUCCCGCUUGGUUACAGCCGGGAUGGUCUACCAGAGCUUGUCUACAAACCAGACGGCCCGCUGGACAGUCGUAAACCCACUAACGGAUACCUGGGCCUCUACAAGGGCAUCCCUGCUAAUCUCCACAAGCCGGUGAUGAUUCCCGGAGCGGAGGGUUUAAGCUUGGAACGACGGGUGGCACCAGGGGAAAAAGUCCCUGAAAUGAGCUUGGCGACGCCUGGUGGGAGCUAUCUUCGUCUGCCCUGGCUCAACCCCUACCCAGAAGCCAGCAUGUAUCCCUUCAUGGACUCCUCUAAGUAUGCGGCUCUGAACAUGUAUAAAGCUUCAUUGCUCAGCCAGCCCAACCCUUACCUGCCCCAGCAUCUGGCCUACCCUUCUCUCUGUGCACCGCAGGGUGGGAACGUCAACCCUGCUGUAGUCACCUCUGCCGCCGAGAGGAUCUACUAUAUGCCUCCUUACCCCCCUCCCACUAUAUCAUCUCCCCUGGUGGCACCUUCCAUGAGGAUCCCCCCUGUCACGGUGGCCCCCACGUCUUUGGUACACUGCCAAGACAAAGCGCUUGGUGUUGCUCCUUCGUUUGUGCAGCAGCUUCACCAUUCUUCCCCUCAUCCUCAGCACCAUCCGUCUGCUAUAGAGAGGGAGCGAUCGCCAAACAGGAGCAGUCGGCCAAGUCGACCGCCCUCUCGGAGUGGAACUAGCAAUAACAGCAGUAAUACAAGCACGGGUUCUACCAGUGGUGGGAAUAAUAAUAGUCUGCCGACUGACUCUUCACCUCACGCGUCUUCUCGCCUCUCCCAACCGCUCAUUGACAAUUCACUGGAUUUACAAAGGCCAGUUGCAAGGAUGGGCCAGCUGCCCUCCUCUUCAGCUUCAAUAUCUGCCUCACCGUCUGCCACGCAGCCUAUAUCGCAUCUAUUAUCUGUGAGCAGCAUGGCCUCAGAGCAGCCUUCCCCUGCCCGACCCAGACAAAGAGACGGGGCUCCCGGUGCUGAAAAGAGACCGAGCAGGUCACCCUCAAAGUCCAACUUUGACAGGACUGCUCACCCACCCCAAGCAACCAAAGAAUCGGGAGAGAAGCCGUUGGAUUUGUCUGGAAGAAUGCUUGAGUUUGGGCUGCCUCCUAAUGGGUUCCCCAUUAAGAUGGACAAUAUCGCUCCUGGUGCACGUUACGGACUUCCCCCUAGUGGAGAGCUCCUAAAAGACAACCUAUCCCUCUCUCCCUCCUCACACCCUCACUCUGUGGUAAACAGCACUUCUUCAAAGGCAUCAGAGAGACCAGAGAUGAUCAGCACUUUACACUCCUCCUGGGUUGUACCCAGCCGGUCUCCCUCCCAAACACAGCACACACAGGGCUUAUCCCCAUCUCCUCGGCCCAAUGCAGAUGUGGGACCUUCACAAGCCAAAGGCUCCUCGCCCUCAGUCAUCAAACACAAGAAUCUGGAAAGGGUGCUGCCUCAGCAGCGCAGCUCGUCCUGUCCAAGGAUAAGUGAGUCGACUACUCAACACUCGGAAUCCUCUCACAUCAGUUCCAGGGUUCUUUCUCCCAAACCCAAUGGUGACUGGGUCAAACACAGCCCUAUUCAGUCAGAACAUGUCACAGUUAUGGGCCACCACAGAGAAGGAGCGGAGAAGUCCUCUCAGAGUGCUAAGAGAGGAGAAACCACUCCUGAAACGUACAAGAGGCCCAUGUUGGAGAACGGACACCCGGCUGGACCUCUGUACCUUCCUCAGAGUGAUGCUUACCUAAACCACAGCUUGGCCUAUGCCAAUCAAUAUCUGCACUACCCCAUCCCUGACAGCAUGGCACUUCACUCCCUGCCAAUUGCAGGGAAAGGUCCUGUCUACCCUCACCCAGUGUUGCUGGGCAACAAUAGCCUUUAUCCAACCCACUUGGCAGCAAAACACCCUUUACCUUACCACAACUUGCCGCCUGGUUCAGCAGGGGAAUACCUUGCCUACAACUCACAGAAGAUGACUCACCCCCUGAUGCAGCCUCACUCCGAUAACAAAUUGUCUGAAAGGGGAGAUGGCAACUUGAAGCCACGGGCACAGGAAAAAUCCCGAAGUUCUUUUGAUGAACGAGAGAAAAACAUGGGCAAGGAGAUGAGAGAAGGGAGCCAAAUAAAUUAUGAUAAAGAAGGACAAGGUGGCAAUCAUAUGAAAAGACCUUCUCCAUCUGUAGCGUACCGCGAAAGGAUUGACUGCAUUGACCUUGUUCACUCGGACACUGAUCCUGAGUCUACCCCAAACGUCCAGAAGAAACCCUCCAUGGAGUCUUCAACUUUUGACCAAAGUGAACGUUACCACAGCAACCAAAACACAAUGCGGACAGAGUACGAGCCAAAAUUUCACCUUUCUCAUCCUUAUCCAAUGCUCUCAGGACAGAGCUCCACACAGAGACACAACCCUGCAGACAGGCAGCAUCAGGAAACGCUCUUAGGAAAGCCAAAGGUUCAUCAGGACACAGGCUCUCCUGGAGCAACAUCUGGCACAUCCACAAAUAAUCCAGGGAAGCUCAGCCAAGAACACGACGACUCCUCAGAGGAACAGUGCCCUAGCCCGGACCCUGCAGACGACGACCAGAGCACCUUGCGCUGCGCCCGGACGUCCGGGGAGCGCAGCUCUGGUAAGGACAAAGGGCAGCGGGACAGCAGGGGUCCCCACGCUAGUCAUUCGCAAUAUACUGCGAAAGAAGCUAUGUGUAGAGACACUGAAAACGAAGACAGCGUUGUGGACCUCGGGGAGUCUCAAGGCGAGGGCGACGACGAGGACGAGGACGAGGACGGUUGCCAGACCUCGGCCAGAAACUCUCGUCGGUCCAGCCUCGCCAAAAGGAUUGCCAACUCGUCAGGCUACGUCGGCGACCGCUUUAAAUGCGUCACCACGGAGCUUUAUGCCGACUCCAGCAAGCUGAGUCGCGAGCAAAGAGCUCUGCAGCGGGCCAUGAUGCGGUUCUCGGAGCUGGAGCUGAAGGAAAGGGAGGGCGGCGGCGGCGGCGGCAGCGGCGUGUACUUGUCUGCGUCGGCUGCGGGACGAGAGUUGGCGGACAUCCAACGCAGAGAGCGAAUGCUGGAACACGGCCAGUAUGCUACCCGACUCGGGGAAAGUGACGGCCUUCCACCGGCGUACCCCAACAACCGCGUCCCGGUCCUCCAGAGGUGCAUCGCUCAAAGCCUCGCGGGGUUUGGCGACAGCGCUGAAUUGGGCCCCCCCACCUUGGCGGCGGCAACGAGGGAGUCCACCGAGGAGGCGGCGCUCGGUCAUGACUUCGGUAGGAAGCGCCUGCGCAUUCCCAAGGUGGAGCAGGAGGCGGAGCAUGAGGAUGGAGAGCGGCUGUCCCACCCUCUGAAAAGAGCCAAGAUGUCUGCCGAUGAGCAGACCAGUCCCGAUGACGACGAUGACGACGACGUGCGGAAGCUGAAAGUCUGCAUCGAGCUCAAAGGUCUGCGCCUCAGCAAGCCCACCCAGGGCGGCGCCCCUUUGCCCGAUCUCGCCCUCAUCAAGCAGGAGCGCCCUUGGCCUCAGGCGCGACAGCUCGGCCUGGCCCAGCGUGACGAGCGAGUGCCGGAACAGAGAGCCGACGUCAACAGGAAGUGGCUGCUCAACGGAGUUCCUACGCCUCCCCUUCACCCUGGUGACCAUCUGAAGGACAGAGCGCACCCGCCAGGCCCCUUCUCAGGUGACCGUGGCCUGAAGGAGCCUCGGCACGGCCCUCCCUCUCCGGGCGCCGAGCCCUCGCUGGGAGGCGCGCCUCUCCUCAAGCUGCGUCGCCAUAGCGACGCGGACAAGCCCAAGGGCAAGCGGCCGUGCAAGACCAAACACACCAGCCAGCGGGAGCGGGAGAGGAGGAAAGAGGGCGCCCCCAGCAGCCCCGCCCAGCCUUUUCCGGCUGAUCUGGGAGCAGCCGAGGACGACAGGCUGAGUGAGCAGCGAGAGGCUCAGAGGAAGCGAGCUGCCUCUCCUAAUCAUUAUCCCUGCUCUCCAGUCAAGCCCUGCUCCCCCGCCGCGCUCUGCCCGCCCCCGCCGCAGCCCCUGGCGAACGGCAGAGCGGGCGGCGUCCCGCCAGAGGUCACCGGGCCGCACCGGACGCCCGCCGCCGUUGCCGCCGACGCCGCCACCCCGGCGGUGCGGCCCAUCCCGCCGGAGGCGCGGCGGCUGAUCGUGAACAAGAACGCGGGCGAGACGCUCCUCCAGAGAGCGGCGCGUCUGGGCUACGAGGAGGUGGUGCUCUACUGCCUGGAGAACAGAGUGUGCGAGGUGAAUCACCGCGACUACGCCGGCUACUGCGCCCUCCACGAGGCCUGCGCCCGCGGCUGGCUCAGCAUCGUCCAACACCUGCUGGACUACGGCGCCGACAUCAACUGCAGCGCGCAGGACGGCACCAGGCCCAUUCACGACGCGGUGGAGAACGACCACCUGGACGUGGUUCGCAUCCUGCUGUCCUAUGGGGCCGACCCCACCCUAGCCACGUACUCUGGCCGAGGCCUCCUCAAGAUGACCCACAGCGAGCUCAUGGAGCGUUUUCUUAUCGAUUAUUUCGCUGACCUUCAGGGCCGUGCGGAUGACGACCUUGGCCUUUAUUGGGAAUUCUACGGCAGCGCGGUGUGCGAGUCCGCAGAGGAGGGCGGCACCGCCUACGACAUCCUGGCAGACCCGCCGGGCCCUGACGAUGAGGACGAGGACGACAAGAGGGAGAUGUUUGAGUUUGAGUUCUCUGACCGGCCCCUGCUGCCUUGCUACAACAUCCAGGUGUCCGUCUCUCAGGGGCCCAGAAACUGGCUCCUCCUGUCUGACGUCCUCCGCCGGCUGCGCAUGUCGGCCCGCGGUUUCCGCCAGGCCUUCCCGCACAUGGAAGUGGUGACGGUGGCCGAGGCCGAGUUCUACCGGCAAGCGUCUCUGUCGCAGCUCUUCUCUUGUCCCGAGGAGCUGGAGGGUUUCCACCCGGACAGCAAGGAGCUGCUGGACCUGGUGGAAGACAGCGCCGAGCUGGCCGCCCUGCUGGGCUCCACGCUGGAGUGCCUGGACGACCGCUGGGACCACGCUAGGGACAAACUGAAGGAGAAGAUCAAGGCCGCCGGACAGGUGGGCCUCAUCCUGAACCCGAGUCCCAAUAAGCACUGAUGCUCUUGCAAGGUGUUGUGGUGCACUGUAUAUACAACCUACUUUUGGACCUGCUUAGCCAUACGUUUGACUCUCAAUAACUGACGGUCGUAUUUUUUAUAAAUUAAUAUAUGUACAAAUAAGUAAAUAAAAAUGAAUAUAUGUAUGUACAUAAAAAAAGAUUUCUUUCUGAUAACAAGUGUGUCAGGCAUGUGUGUCGCUGCCUGUGCCAUUGAAUGUGCUAUUUGAGUUGAUCUAGGGAGCACAUGUGUACAAUUGUUUUGUCGCCCCCUCCCUCCAAGACUUCAAAACAGGAGGGGCUAUUUUGUUGUAUCUUUUUUGUAAUGUUCAAAUCGUGCUUCCCGUCAAGUCUGUAAUUUAACAAGCGGAUCUGCAGCGUUGAUUGUAUAAUAAAGUUUUAUUGUAAUACUGAUCCUUUACCCAUUUGGCAAAGAGCUUGUGUGUGUAUAUUUAUAUACAUCUAUGUGUAUAUAUAUUUAUAUAUAUAUACACAUGUGUAUAUAUAAGGCAGUGAAAUCAACUUUUUUGGUGUUUUUUGUUUCGUUUUUAUUUUAUUUUAACUUUGUAAUUAAAAUAUCUCCUAAUUUGUAUUUAUAUUUUACAAAUGAAGUUGCUUUAAAAUAAAUAUACAAACUGCAAGAUGACAAUUGUGUGUGCUGUGCGGUUGCAUGUAGAGCUGGAGGACUAAAUGAAUUAAUUGGGUGUCGAUGUCAAAUUAAACCGUUUAGCCAAAUUGUCCACGACAAUUCAGCGGGAUCAGAUACAAUCCAACAUUGCCAUCUUUAGGAACGCAAUUGUAUUGUAGCUGCACUUUUGUCUCUCUCUCAAUAACAUCCUGCAAGGAUGCUGGGACCAACAGCGCCAUCCAGUGUCGAAUGUGCUAAUUGCGCUGUUUCAGAAAGGAGGGCCGUGGACCUCUUCUGCCAACUGAGUUAGGCUCCCUCCACCUCGCUACCCCGAGAGGGACAAGCGGUAGGAAAUGGAUGGAUCAUAGAGGUUUAUGUAUCAAUGGGAAUAUUUGAAGAUAUCUGUUUAAUAUAUUAGCAUAGUCUAUUUUAAAUAUAACGGUUAAAAUGUACUCAACAUAGUAUAUAGUCAUCAUUUUAUUUUCUAA